GGGGUCGGUGGCAUCAUUUGGAUCAGGGAGCGACACCGCAUCGCAUGAAUCCUCCAGUGAUGCGCAGCCGGGGGCAUCUUUAUCCAACUCCAGGAGAAGAAGAGCGGAACUUCUUCAACUCCCUCCCCGACUCCUCAUCUUCACUUGAUGACACUUCCUGCGGGACUGAGCUUCUUCUCCUCCUCCUCUAGGGAUUCGUGAAAGUUUUAUUUUAUUUUAUUUUCCUUUUUGGAAAGGAGAGUAGCUGAGAUGAACCACACCGGCUUCAACCAGACGGAAAGCGGACUCUUCAACAAAACAGAGGAGCUGUUCUGCUGCAACUUCUCCUCCGUGGUGACGGAUGAUGGCUUUGUGGCCGCGGCUCCGGAUGAGAGGAGCCUCUUCAUCAUGCGCGUGGUCCAGAUCGCCGUCAUGUGCGUCCUCUCCCUCACAGUGGUGUUUGGCAUCUUCUUCCUGGGCUGCAACCUCCUCAUAAAGUCCGAGGGGAUGAUCAACUUUCUGGUUACGGACAGGAGACCGUCGAAAGAAACGGAGGCGGUGAUUGUUGGAGCCUACUGAUGGAUGGAGGGAUGGAGGACGCACGGGGCGCGCAAUGAUCAAACAGCCUGACUUUCACAUUUGUACAAUUUAUUUAAAGAAGAAAAACUUAUUUUCCCCCUGAGCUGGACUCUGAGGCACACAUGUGGCCUUUUUUAGGACUUGGACAGACUGAUGCAGCAGUUAAAGAUUGUGGAGACAGAAACGUUUGCUGCAUGUUUUGUCAAACAGACUAAAUUCUAUUUAAAGUCUGGCCUGAUGGUGAGUUUUGUGUGGAAAAGGCUGAAGCCAACAUCUUCUUAUGAAUACAUUUAUUCUAGUAUUAAAGUUUGGUUUUCCUUCUGAAAUGAAUGUUUUCUCCCUUUUUUUUCUUUCAAAUUUUAAGAGAAAUUAAGAUUAUUAAUGCUGACUAAGAUUAUAAUGCAACCUAUUUUUGUUUAUAUUUUAUUUAWAUUUUCAAUUAACAUGAAGGUUUGGAAAUUUAUAAUUGUAGAGGGAAAUUGUGUUUAUUAUUGGUGAUAAAUAAAAGACAAUAGAAGGAGAAUGUAA